AUGCGUAAAUUACGAAAGAUAUUGGGUGGCAAGGGUAGCUCUUCGAGACAGGGCAGCUCUUCGAGACAGAGCACUGUCGCGAGCACCUCCAUCAGCACAGCUUCCAGCACCAAAGCUCCCAAUAGCAAAGCUGAUGCCUCCCCCAUCGACCCCUCCGAGAGCAUCUGGAACAGCGCUUAUGAUGCACUCAAAGCCGAUGAACCGAAGCUGGUACAAGCGUAUGAGAAGAUCUUAUCUUUAAAACUAAGGAAUACUGUCUCUCUAGAGCCGACCACUCUAGAAGGCUCCCUAGAGCCUACCAUUCUAGAGCCUGCGAGCGUAAAUACAGGUAAUAUCAUUGAGAAAGACAAUGUGCUGGCGAGAAGAGCGCAGAUGCACCAGUUAAUUGAUAAUGGCCUUAAUAAAACAUUUCGAGAGGCCAGUAUCAAGAAUAGCAUAGGCCCAGUUAUGCAGGUAGUCAAUACUACUAAAAAGUUGGUGAGCGACGCAAUUAAGGACAUGCCACAAGCCGCUCUUCCUUGGGUUAUAGUAUAUAUUUCACUCUCGAUCUUAGCCAAUCCUAUAUCGCAAACUGAAGCGAAUCAAACGGGCAUUGAGUAUAUUGGAAUCACGAUAAAGUGGUACUGGGAGCAAGCAUCAUUGCUUUUUAAUAACAGCUCAAGCGACCAUUCCUUUACUGGAGUACAAAAUGAGUUGCAAAAUGCAUUCAUCAGCUUUUACAAAAAGCUUCUGCAAUUUCAGAUGAAAAGCAUUUGUAACUAUUACCGGAACCGUGGGUUCGUUUUCUUACGAGACCUCGUCGAACUGGACAAUUGGGAUAGCAGUCUGAAGUCUAUUCAAAUAGACGACACUUCUCUUCGCAACAAGAUACGUACGUUCUUGGGCCUUGAAUCGGAAUCACAUCUCAGAGUUAUAGCUCGUCACACCAAGGCACAAGAAACAUAUCAAAGGACCCAAGAAGACCAACAGUGUCUCAGAGACUUACGAAUCACAGAUCCUCGUGCUGACAGGAGCCGCAUUGAAACUACAAAGGGAGGCCUAUUGCAAGAAUCAUACCGCUGGAUUCUUGAAAACCCGCAGUUCCAGACUUGGCGCAACAGCGAUGAUAACCGCCUGCUUUGGCUAAGAGGUGACCCUGGUAAAGGGAAAACUAUGCUCCUAUGCGGCCUCGCCCAAGAAUUGAUGCAACAGGCAAACCCGAGUCUGGUCACAUUCUUUUUCUGUCAGGCCACCAUACCGAGCGUCAACAACCACAUAGCAGUUCUACGUGGUCUCAUAUGGCUUUUAGCAGAUCAGCAACCUUCUUUAAUAUCAUACAUCAGGAAAUCAUACGAUACCGCUGGGAAAAGCCUCUUUGAUGAGGGAAAUUCCUGGUACACAUUGUCCGAAAUUUUCAGCAAUAUGCUAAGGGACGAGGAACUGCCACCAGUGUAUAUCAUUAUCGAUGCCCUUGAUGAGUGUAUCACAGGUCGGAUGGAACUCUUGCAUCUUAUUCGAGAUGCAUCUGCCUCGUCAAAUGCCAAAUGGGCCGUAUCUAGCCGCAAUUGGUCUGAAAUUGAGGAAAAAUUAAUUCAAAGCAUGAACCUUAGCCUUGAGGUAAAUGCUACACUUGUCGCAAGCGCUGUGGAUGCAUACAUCUCCCACAAGGCAUCUCAAAUAUCCCUUCUAAAACACGACGAAGAUUUGAAAGAAGAAGUUUGUCGUCAAAUGCGAGAGAAGGCCAACGGCACAUUUCUCUGGGUUGCAAUUGUCUUCGAUAGGCUGAGUUCCGAGAGCAAUGCCUAUUACGACGAUACAUCAGAUGUAAUGGCAAUUCUGGAUGAGAUGCCUGAAGAUCUAUCUAAGCUCUACACUGUCAUGCUACAGCGAAUUUCUCAACUAAAAGGGAAAGGCCCUGGAUUAUGUCGAAGUAUAUUGGCUAUCGCAACAUUGGCACAUCGGCCCCUACAUCUUAACGAGCUCUCAACUCUUGCAGGGUUCCAGGGCAAUUUGAAGAAACUGCCCCAGUUAAACUCGCUGAUAAAGGAUUGUGGUUCAUUCCUAACGGUCCGAGAAAACCACAUUUACUUUGUGCAUCAAUCUGCAAAAGAUUAUCUAGCCAGCGAUCCUUCCUCGCAACCUGUCAUUUUCCGGCACGGAAUGGGGGACGUUAAGUAUAGCAUGGUUUUAAACUCAUUGAACGCUAUGGAUCAAACUCUAAAAGAGAACAUUUACGAGCUGGAGCAUCCUGGAAUUCUUCUCGAAGAUGUUAGCCCGCCAAAUCCCAAUCCUUUAGAACAUUGUCUCUAUUCCUGCACUAAUUGGGCCUCUCAUUUGUGCGACAUAUAUAGUACUGCAGGAGAUCAAACUCUCCUGGUCGAUGAAGAAGAAAUCUUGCACUUCUUGAAGAAGCAUGUUCUCCACUGGCUUGAGGUACUCGCUUUGACACGAAAUUUAUCUAGCAACAUAUCUUAUUUCCAAACACUCAACGAAUUGCUAAAGAAACGCUCCACAGCAGAGGAACUUCAAAAAUUUAUAUAUGACGCAAGCCGAUUCAUGCAAUACAACACCCAGAUUAUGGAGAUUGCUCCUAUGCAGAUUUAUUCAUCAUCACUUCUGUUCAGUCCUCAGAGCUUAAUUUCUACUCAUUUCAGGAAUAAGCUGUCCUGGAUAAAACAUGUACACAGUUCAGUAAAGGAAAGCCACUGGAGCCCUCGCCUACAGAUAAUCGAGAAAAAACAAGCAGAAACGAUAUGUUCCAAUGGUACAAAUCUCUUAGUAGUGCCAUCCUCCUCUAAGACCGUUCAAAUUUGGGAUAUGGCUACAGGAAAGCAAAUCCAUUCACUCAAUCACGCAGGAGAUGUACAAGUACAGCAAGCAGUAUUUUCGAGCGAUUUGAAUCACGUGUUCACAAUUGCAGGGGAUCGAUUCCAUUGCUGGGAUGCAAGAUCCGGUGCGGUGAUACACAAUGCCAGACUUCGGGGGUUUGAUAUCGGAAGAUUUUAUGCAAUCUCCAACGAUGGGAAGUUCGUGGCGUCGUGUAAGGCUUUUGGGAUGAACGAGGACGGCAGAAUUUUUAUAUAUCACACGGUUGAUGGGACAAAGCUACAGCUAUCAUAUGGCGAUACGGCCCAUCAAAUGGGCUCAUUGAAGUGGUCAAAUAAUGCUAAGUUUUUGGCAGUUACAACGGGAUUCACUACCCGUAUCUGGGAAGUGCCUUCAGGCAAAGAGAGAUUGGAACUUCUUAACCACGAUGAUAGCAUUCGAGGAAUGCCCAGUUUUUCAGGCGAUUCCAAAUUCAUAGCUUUUCCUGUUGGGGAAGGGUUUGAAGUCUGGGAUUUGGAGAUUGAAGAAAAGAUACUGAAUAUUAGCGCAGAAAGUUCGUGGGAAGUCGAAAUUGUCGAAUUCUCCAAAGACUCCAGGCUCAUUGCCGAAACUCGCUACCGCAGGGACGACAACGGGUUGACUCAUUACCAUGUCCUUAUCUGGGAGAUAACUUCUGGCAUGAAACAACAUGAAUUACGGGUUAAUUCUGGAGACAUAACGGGAAUUGCGUGGUCCGAUGACGGACAAACGCUGGCUGUAGCAUUUUCCGAGGACAUUGAAUUGUACGAUCUAACUGAACAUGCUUACUGGGAUUUCAACGACCAAAAACCUUCGGCAUAUCAAGCCAAGUAUUCACCAAACCUAGUCACUUUUUCGCCCGACUUUAAACUCGUGGCUACUGCUAUGAGUUACGUCGCAGUCUGGGACACGACAACCGGCUAUAUCCUACAGGCAUUUGAUGGAAUAGACACUCGUGACAUUCUCAGAUUGCAAUUUUCACGGGAUGGCAAGUCUAUUUACAUGUACUCUGAGGUUGACGGAUUGCAGAAGUGGGACGUUGCCUCUGAUAGCUUGAUACACAAAUUUCCCGCCUCUCUAACCACAGAUCGGGUGAAUGGAACAGCGUUUUCUUUUGACGGAAAGCUUUUUGCGACGGAAUCAAAAGCGGGAGAUGAGAUGUUGCUAUGGAAUCUGAACAAAGCCGAAAAGACUUCCCACUCGAUGACUUUUCACAAGAGGGGGCUUGAAAACAUGCAUCUCCUGGCUUUUUCUCAGAAUGCAAAGUAUCUUGUCUCUGCAGAGUAUCUUGCUCCUGCAAAACGCUCGUCCCAGGAAUUCACGACUUAUAUUUUUUCUAUAUGGAAUGUGGAAACUGGCGAAGAAUUGUGGGCGACGAACGUUGAGAUGCGAGAAUAUAAUAGAGUGCUUUGCGGGCGAUGUACAGCCUGGGGAAACAAACACGAGUCGAUUGAAAUAUCCAAUGACGGUGCCACAGUGCUUUUCUCGGAGCGUGCUCGUCAUGGGAUGUGGGUUUUGACAAGAGGAGAAGAAACUAGGUUCCAAAUCUGUUGCCAAUAUUUCGAUCCGUCUUUCGACGGCGACUCGAGCACACAUAUCCUGACACAACUUGGUUGCAUAGCACUGGACAAUUUGAUCGCUCAGGCGGAUACAUUUGCUGGCCCUUCCGGGAGAGCAUGCGAAUACCAUUCUAUCGUUGAAGGUUACGGUGUUAGUCUUGACAGAUUAUGGAUAACUUGGAAUGGAAAGAAUGUGCUAUGGCUGCCGCCAGAUUAUCGAAUGACAGUACGGAUGGCCAGAUCCCGCCACUGUAUUGUCAUGAUAGACUCUGGAGACAAUCCCUGCAUUCUUCGAUUCUCUGGCCCACCUCCUUUCACAGCGCUCUCUUAGGACAUGGUAGGUGGCAUCCUCAAGGGCGAGGCUGGACGGAACAUUCGGGUAGACAGCACGUUUAUGAGUGGAGCUUCUCGUGAGGUUUCUGGGUGGUAUAACGAAUUACGAUUUAAGUGAGUGCGGGUGAAAGACAACGGGAUUCAUAAGAUGUUUGUUAGUAUUCAGCUAGCAUAUAAAUUUUAUUAUAUAAAUAUAGCAGCAAUUACUAGAGAAAUAU